GCUGCUCUCUCACUGUAGCUUGGUUGCUGCUGUGAAUGUACAACAACACAUCAGAAUCUACUCUUGGUGCAGUGAACAUGUUCUCUAUAGAAUGCUCGCGCUCCAUGCAUGCAUGUGUAGACCGGCUGUAAGCCACGACCAGUGUUACAGCGAGACCGUAGCCUUUAGUGUGUUUAUCAGAAGAUUAUUCUACCUCCUCUGAAUUCACUGUGGGCUCUUUGCAACGAAGUGAUUGAAUAGUCGCAGCCAAGGAUUCGCUUAGCUUUUCCCGUAGGUAGAAGUCAUUUCGCUUGGAGCAACGUUUGAAACAUGGCGAGUGACUCCCCGGCACGAAGUCUGGAUGAGAUAGACCUCUCCAUGCUGAGGGACCCGGCAGGGAUAUUUGAGCUGGUGGAACUGGUGGGCAAUGGCACCUACGGACAAGUGUACAAGGGCCGUCAUGUCAAGACCGGUCAGCUGGCGGCUAUCAAGGUCAUGGACGUGACUGGGGAUGAAGAGGAGGAGAUCAAGGCGGAGAUCAACAUGCUGAAGAAGUACUCCCACCACCGCAACAUCGCCACCUACUAUGGUGCCUUCGUCAAGAAGAACCCACCAGGCAUAGAUGACCAGCUUUGGCUGGUGAUGGAGUUCUGUGGGGCGGGGUCAGUGACGGACCUCAUUAAGAACACCAAAGGGAACACUCUGAAGGAAGAGUGGACCGCCUACAUCUGCAGAGAGAUCCUGAGGGGCCUUGCUCACCUCCAUCAGCACAAAGUCAUCCACCGAGACAUCAAGGGCCAGAACGUUCUUCUCACGGAGAACGCCGAGGUCAAGCUCGUGGACUUUGGUGUGAGCGCUCAGCUGGACCGCACGGUUGGCCGCAGGAACACCUUCAUCGGAACGCCUUACUGGAUGGCACCUGAAGUCAUCGCCUGCGAUGAGAACCCAGAUGCUACGUACGACUUCAAGAGUGACCUGUGGUCGUUGGGAAUCACAGCCAUCGAGAUGGCCGAGGGAGCCCCACCACUGUGCGACAUGCAUCCGAUGCGUGCCCUCUUCCUCAUCCCCAGGAACCCAGCUCCCCGGCUCAAGUCCAAGAAGUGGUCCAAAAAGUUCCACCAGUUCAUCGAGAGCUGUCUGUUGAAGAACCACAACCAGAGGCCCAGCACGGAGCAGCUGCUCACCCACGCCUUCAUCAGGGAGCUGCCCAACGAGAGGCACAUCCGCAUCCAGCUCAAGGACCACAUCGACCGCACGCGCAAGAAGAGGGGGGAGAGAGAUGAGACGGAGUACGAGUACAGCGGGAGCGAAGAGGAGGAAGAGGAGCACGAUAAGGGAGAGCCCAGUUCCAUCAUCAACGUCCCGGGCGAGUCGACCCUGAGGCGGGACUUCCUGCGCCUGCAGCUGGCCAAUAAGGAGCGCUCAGAGGCGCUGCGGCGGCAGCAGCUGGAGCAGCAGCAGAAUGAGGAGCACAAGCGCCUACUGCUGGCUGAACGGCAGAAGCGCAUUGAGGAGCAGAAGGAGCAGCGGAGGAGGCUGGAGGAGCAACAACGGCGUGACCGAGAGCUCCGCAAGCAGCAGGAGAGAGAGCAGCGACGACGCUAUGAGGAGAUGGAGCAGCUCCGCAGAGAGGAGGAGAGGAGACAGGCUGAGAGGGAGCAGGAGUACAUCCGUCGGCAGCUGGAGGAGGAGCAGCGGCAGCUGGAGAUCUUGCAGCAGCAGCUCCUGCAGGAGCAGGCUCUCCUCAUGGAGUAUAAGCGUAAGCAGCUGGAGGAGCAGCGGCAGGCGGAGCGCCUUCAGAGACAGCUGCAGCAGGAGAGGGCUUACCUGGUGUCCCUCCAGCACCAGCAGAAGCAGCAGCAGCAGCAGCAGCAGGACUCACACCAGGCCGAGAAGAAGCCGCUGUACCACUACAAAGACGCCGUCAACCCCGCUGACAAGCCCGCCUGGGCCAAGGAGGUGGAGGAGCGCUCCAAGCUCAACCGCCAGAGCUCCCCAGCGCUGCAGCACAAGGUCACCAACCGGAUCUCCGACCCCUCUCUUCCGCCCCGCUCUGAGUCCUUCAGCAGCGGAGGGCUCCAGCCAGCACGCACCCCUCCAAUGCCCCGGCCCAUAGAACCACAGAUGGCCCAUCUGGUGCCUGUGAAAUCCCAUAGUCCCACCAUGUCUGGCUCGCAGUCCCUGCACGACCAGUCGCCCAAGGGCGUCGCCGGCUUCCAGGAGGGCCCGCCGUCGCACCGGCCAGAGAUGCCCCCCCGGCAAAACUCGGACCCCACCUCCGAGGUCCCGGCACUGCCCUCCCGCUCAGACAAGCUGGAGCGGGGCUCCUGGCUCCGAGAGGAGGACAUCCCCCCACAGGUGCCCCAGAGAACCAUCUCCAUCUCUCCAGCACUGGUCAGGAAGAACUCCCCCGGAAACGGAGGUGCAGGAGGACUAGGGCCUAGAACCGGUUCACAGCUCAUCCGGGCCAGUAACCCUGACCUGCGGCAGCCGGAGCUGUCUCUAGACGCUGCUCUGCAGAGGACCAACAGCAACAGCUCCUCCAGCUCCGGCACGCCCACCUCCCAGCCCGGCUCCAGCGAGAGGAACCAGAUCCGAGAUACAGCCAAGACGGAGACGUCACCCACAGCAUCCCAGGAAAGCCCCAAGCCCAAGCAAGAGGAGGCCCGUGAAACACCUAGACCCAGCAGACCAGCUAGCUAUAAGAAAGCCGUAGACGAGGACCUGACUGCGUUGGCCAGGGAGUUGCGUGAGCUGCGUGUGGACGAGGCGCCCCGUCCCCCCAUAAAGGUGACGGACUACUCGUCCUCCAGCGAUGAGUCGGAGAGCAGCGGGGAGGAGGACGGGGCCCACGAUGGCACCGUGCCCGUCAGUGACAUCCCACGCAUCAUGCCUUCAGCACAGGGUAAUAAUGAGUCCUACGGAGUUAGCCAUGAUGAUUCACUCAAUAAUGGUUCCAAAGAUGACACCCUGAUGCUGGGAGAGACUCGUGAGAGGAAGCGCUCCGCUCACUCGGAGAGCAACGGUUUUGCUGGCCACGGGAACCUGCCGGACCUGGUCCAGCAGAGCCACUCCCCGGCCGGGACGCCCACGGAGGGCUUGGGCCUGGGCCGCCUCGCUGGCCUGCACGUCCCAGACAUGAGUGCCAUGGAGGAGUUUGCAAAGGGUGGCGGUUCUAAGUCCUCCUUCACACCCUUUGUGGAUCCGCGGGUCUACCCCACCUCUCCCUCCGAUGACGACAGUGAGAACUCAGCCGCAGCCCUGUUUGCAAACGAGCUGCUGAGGCAGGAACAGGCCAAACUGAGCGAGGCCAGGAAGAUCUCCGUGGUCAACGUCAACCCCACCAACAUCCGCCCGCACAGUGACACACCGGAGAUCCGCAAGUACAAGAAGCGCUUCAACUCUGAGAUCCUGUGCGCCGCUCUGUGGGGGGUCAACCUGCUGGUGGGUACAGAGAAUGGCCUGAUGCUCCUGGACCGCAGUGGCCAGGGCAAAGUCUACAACCUGAUCACACGCCGCCGCUUCCAGCAGAUGGACGUGCUGGAGGGUCUCAACGUGCUGGUCACCAUAUCAGGCAAGAAGAACAAGCUGCGUGUGUACUACCUGUCCUGGCUCAGGAACCGCAUCCUGCACAACGACCCAGAGGUGGAGAAGAAGCAGGGCUGGAUCACCGUGGGGGAACUGGAGGGCUGCGUGCACUAUAAAGUUGUGAAAUAUGAGCGAAUCAAAUUCCUGGUUAUUGCUCUGAAGAACUCCGUGGAGAUUUACGCCUGGGCCCCCAAGCCCUACCAUAAAUUCAUGGCUUUCAAGUCUUUCACGGACCUUCCUCAGAGGCCGCAGCUCGUGGACCUGACGGUGGAGGAAGGUCAGAGGCUCAAGGUCAUCUACGGUUCCAGCGUGGGCUUCCACGUCAUUGACGUGGACUCUGGAAACCCCUACGACAUCUAUAUCCCCUCCCAUAUCCAGAGCACAGUGAUGCCCCACGCCAUCGUGGUGCUCCCCAAGACGGACGGCAUGGAGAUGCUGCUGUGCUACGAGGACGAGGGCGUCUACGUCAACACGUACGGCCGCAUCACCAAGGACGUGGUGCUGCAGUGGGGAGAGAUGCCCACCUCUGUCGCUUACAUCCACUCCAACCAGAUCAUGGGCUGGGGAGAGAAGGCCAUCGAGAUCCGCUCCGUGGAGACUGGCCACUUGGACGGGGUCUUCAUGCACAAGCGAGCACAGCGUCUGAAGUUCCUCUGCGAGAGGAAUGACAAGGUGUUCUUUGCCUCAGUCCGCACGGGCGGCAGCAGUCAGGUGUUCUUCAUGACGCUCAACAGGAACUCCAUGAUGAACUGGUGAAGCUGUGAACGUCCAGUCAUGGUCCACAACACUGAGGCAGGCAACCCCACUCACCAGGAGUCAAGAUGGCGUCUGUGAUUUAUUUUUUUCUUUAGGUACAUUUAACACUGGUUCAAAACAAUAAAAAUGAAAAAGAAAAAAAAAACUACAGUUUUAGAUACACUUAAAAGUGUAAGACUGUGAUCUCAAGACAUCCAGGAUGGCCUCGUAUCAUGCGUUUAGAUUAAGAAGCCAUAGAAGUGGCUUUGGGGAACUGGAGCAGUGACUCCUGAGCUCCUGUUCCCCACAUUUCCAGCAGGGGGAGCCAGAGGGGCUUGCUGCUGUGAAACCAGACUUUGGCCACGGAGCCUCCUCUGUGGUGACUCUCCCCUUCUCUGUGUGCUGUUCCACCCACACACCUUACAACGGGACUCUACACCUGGGGACUCCGGGAGAAAGCGCUGUUUUCUGUCUUCUGCAGCUGCAGAGGGGCAGAGAGGAUCACAGCGAGCUGUACAGAAAAUAUGUCUGUGUGUGUGUGUGUGUGUGUGUGUGUGUGUGUUGGGUGGUCGGGAAGAUGUGAAAAGAUUUAAAAAAGAAAAAAAGCAACCUCAGACUGAGGGAAACUUCUAGACCUUUGAUGUUUUCAUCUACAGUCAAAUCAGGUUGUUUUUAUGUUUGUUUGUUCGUUAUUCGCUCGCACACAGCUCCUGCGAUACAUUGUUGUAGGAAGGAGAGGAGUCCAGCAGGUGGUUGUGGUGAACAUGAGCACAAUCCCCACAUUGUAUUCAAGGCUGUGGUCUUUUUCGGUGCUGGUGCUCUUUCUGUGCCCAUCCUUCUCUCAGCCUUCAUAUCACUACUGCUGUUUUGGGCUCAGGCCAGUCUCUGGAGUGGAACUCCUCCUCGGACGCUCCUCCUGACGCACCACCACGUGUCUGAGUCUGACCUAGUCACCUCCCAAGCCCCUGAUUGUAUCUCGGACAAUCAUGUUUUAGUCGUCCACCCCUUCAUAAAUGCCAGUGUCUCCACAACUAAUCCACCGAUAGAAGCCUCAGAUGUCAACAUCGGCUGCCUCUUGUGCGCUGCUGAAUCGUAACAACUAGUGUACACAUUGGGACUGUAAUUGACCUACCUCGUAAUCAUGUGUCUGGUUAUUUCUUUUCAGUAUCGCAGAGGCUGAGAAAGAGACCUUACAUUACAGCUAAUUUUCAUUAAUGCUUAUACCAUCAUCCAGAUGAUCAUUUGUUAUUCUGAUUUGAGCAGGGAAAUUUUUUUUAUAUUUUCUGUUACAGGUACCUUUUGAAAUAAUUUUGCAUUCUCAGUGUCCUCAGCAGAUUGAUGAUAUAUCACCUGGUAUGGUGGAAACCAACUAAAAUAGUCUAAAGAAUUCCUUCUUAUAUAUGUUUACUGAGGAAAAAAAACAUUAACCUUGUUUUAACAUUGUGAAUGUGUCCUAAGAUUAUAUGACAGUAACUGUGUUUUUACUUUUAAAAUGUAAGUAGACAAAUGUCAAGUCUGAUUAAAUAACAAAAUGCAACAAGCAGAAAUGUGUUGGUCUGCUUGUGGGGUUGAAACUACUGUAGCCAUUCAUCACUGUUUGAUCAGAGAGCUUGUGGAAAAUGGGCAGCUUAGCCAGACCAUGUAAAGAAAGUGUCCUUGGGAUGGGAGGGAGAGAGUGAGAGGUUCGCACUCAGGCCUUGACCACAGGCACAGAGCCCCACUUCCUCUAGUGUCGGUCAGAUGGUCAGAUCUGGUGUGUUCCACCUCCUCGAUCCAUCUUGUGGCUGUAGUAGUUUGUUCAACCGAACGAGGAGGAACCCUGAGUUGCAGAAAUCCUACAACUGGAUUUUGUUCUUUUCUACUGUUUAGGAGGAGGGAAGGGCCACCUUUUCUUCCUUUUUUUGACAUCUCUGGAAUAUUUCAUAGAUAUUUCACACCAUCAAGUGAGCGCUUGUUGAAGCGAGCGGUGUCAGUUUUCCUUCUGAUACAUUCAUAAUGCAUCUAUCCCAUCUGUUUAUUGUUUUCACAUACACUUAAAUUGUCUUUGUCCCCUGUGUGCAAUCACAAGCCCUGAAAACAUCUGCCAUUGCACAUCUCUUGGGGUCAUCUUUCAUUUUUGCACACUGUACAUAUUUGUAUUUCAGACAUUCAUUUAAAUGGACAAAGAGAAAAGUUUUGCAGAGACAUGAGUGAUUGCACUCCUGAUAAAGAGUUCUAGCAAUAAUGAUGUCCUGCUGUGUGUGUGUGUGUGUGUGUGUGUGUGUGAGAGAGAGAGAGAGAGAGAGAUGAGUGAGUUAAUGUUUGGGAGAAACACUGUGCUAGCCUGUGCUUGAGAGUUUUAAAGAGACUCUGACUCUCACGUCACUAUGCUUUGUCACGUUUUACUUUCAGCUCUGGUGGCAUUGACACUUUAAUCACUUCAAACAUUAGUUGGGUAGUGUUUUACUUUUUGACAUUUUCCCCGAGGAGAUUGUCAUGUUUUCCACCCACAUGAGGCAUAAAUGGUUGUCUAGCAUUUUGUUGGUUAGGUUUUUUUAUUUUAAAGAAUAAAGAUAAGAUCAAUAAGUA